GGGGAUGCGACGACGGCGCGAGUAAACAGCGGAUCAGCUGAUGAGGCACAACACGGUCGAAGACGGGCUCACAUAGGUCGACCACGUUGCUUGGUUAUGGCGACGAGCAGCUCCGACGGCUCGUGCACCGCGCCCGCGGACUUUCAGCUGUCUUCCGAGCUGGAAGAUGCGUCCAAUCGCUUGAGCGCGAAUCUGCUGAAAUGUCCGCUGUGCCACAACAGCCGUCGGAUCUUUCACUGCCGCCAGUGCAUCCAGAACGGUGAUUUCUCGAACGCCGUUUAUUCGGAACGGUUCGCAGACAAGCAGAUGCGGUUGCUACGGCUGAAAGCUGCCAGAGCUCAAUUGGAGGAGAAGUGCGUGAAGGUUCUCGAGAGACGCAAGCAAAAGGAUAAACUGAUAUGUGAUAUAAAUAUCUGUAAGGAAAGAGUGAGACUUCUUCAAACCUUGGUGAACGAGACCAAACAGAGCAUACACAGAGGUAACCAGCGUUUGAACAUUUUAAAAGACGGCAAUUCUCAGUUAAUUGAACGUUUGCCGAGACAUGAGGAAAGAAUAGAAAGAUUGUAUUGCUGCGUCAGCAGCUUGAAAGCUAAGCAAGAGAAACAGCAGGAGGCAGUGGACAGAAAGAGGGAGCAACUUAAGAACGUUAUCAGAACCACCGUCAGCCAAUUAAUUCAAUACAUCUUUCCAUUGUCUCGGGUCCAGCCGAACAGAAGUUUGUGUAGCAGCGAAGACAGCGACAGUACAACCUCGGAUAUCGUUACCUCUGCGUUAGCGGAAGCAUCAGGUACAUCGUACGUCCGGGGCAGAUGGAUCAGCGACAAGGAAAAUUCCUCGGAAAUCCGUCAUUGUAUAGUCGAGCCGACGUUGCCGGGCACGGGAGACUAUAGCGCUUACUCUCACUGGGUCGCGGCGAACAAGGACGGCGUGCCAGGUACAAACAGAGAAAAUGCGAUGCACAAUCCGGCGUACAACAUCAGCGCUGGCUUAUCCUUCACUACACAACUGGUCAAUGUUAUUGCUUCUUUCGUUAAUGUAAAGCUACCGUACAAACUUACUUGUGGGGAAUUUGGACACGAAAUGUCGGAUCAAAAGUUCGCCAGAAAAGUAGCGAGGCUAAAUGGCAAUGUAUUACACUUGUGCUUUAUGCAAAAUACCGACGCAAGAGUUUUGCACCCGAUGCAUACAUUGCAAAAUCUGAUGCAUCUGCUCAAUACUGAAAUUAGCGACCUAGGAAGAAUUGGCCCAAUGGAAGCUGAUCCGACUGUAAUAGCGCAACUUCACAAUCAGUUGAUUCCAGAUUUGGAAAAUAGCGACGAUUCCGGUUCCGACGAGGAGGAAGAUGCGUGCGCGGGAUGGGAAGCGGUGCCGAAUAUCGCUUGUCCCGAGAUGACAGUACCUAUUCCUAGUGCAAUGGCUACUCAGCAGUCCUCUAGUAUGCAAGUUCAUCAGAGUGUCGCCGGUGGCUUGGUAACGAGUGCAGCGGCCAGUAUCGCUUCGAUCUGGCGAGGCUGGACUAAUAAAUAACUUCUUCCUUACGAAUUUACACAGAAAUUCGCUCUGUAUCGCGUAUUUACGUUUUAUACUGUUUGCGUAGCAAAAGCGCCGAGUAUACGCGACUUUCUUCACUUAUGCAACACGUGACAUUCAAAGUAGUUCAAAUAUACGCUGUGACAGAUUUCGUUAAUAUCUAACUUAAUUGAGAGAGAGAGAGAGAGAGAGAGAGAGAGAGAGAGAGAGAGAGAGGAAUUAGUAUAGAUAUUAUGUAAUAGUACAGUUGUUUAAAAUUAAUUUAUGGACAUUUUAUAUUUCGACGCACCACGAGUAAUAGUUUAGAUCGUGUGGUACAAUGAGACGGAUAUAUUGAUGGAAAAACUAGAGCAGACAUACGUGUGUUGUAUACCUAUAAAACUCGUUACGACCGAAUAUGUGCAAUGACUGCCUUUUCUACGUUCACUGCACUCGAUUGUACAUUCGCGUUCAAGUAUAUACACGAAAAAAGAAAGAACGCAACCACUAUCGAAAUUCGAUUGUAUCGUCUGACUUGUAAUCUUUUGCUCGGCAACAAACAGUUUGAUUGCAACAAUGAUGUAUUACUCCUACAUAAUAUCGAGAAAAUUAAUGCAUUCGUUUUCGACACGUUUAAAUGAAUACUGAAAUGUUUUUAACUCUUCAUGGAAAUUAUGGAUAAAUAUUGACCGCAACGUUGCGUAUAUUUUCUACCGUAUAGUAUAAAAAGGAUAAGAUUUGUUAAAUGUUUCAUACUUCAUAAUAUAAAAGACAAGUAUUACGCGUUAAUUGGAUUCAAUUAUAUUAAGUACAUUAAGACGCGCGCGCGCGCGUGAGAGAAGGAUCACCAGUAUUUUUCAAUAUAUGGUCAUCCAUAAGACACUAUUGUACGUGGUGUAGAUAAUUAAUAGUACGACCUUUUCCUUCUUUUUUUUUUUCAUUUAGUAAUAUUUUUCGUACAGUCAGUCUGUGUAAUGAUUCAGUUUUAUUUUUGUACAACGCGUUGAAUCGAACGUAUCUUAAAUAAGUAAAUGAUAACUUAUUCCUGGUUAUCCGGUAUCAUGGAGAGAGUCAGGGAAGAUAGUCGGUAAUUAUUCAUUCACGAUCGAAGUUGACACACAAACGUAGGCGUAAUCUAUUUCGCGAUUAAGAAGAUGCUUUUCACACAACAUUUGUAUCGUAAACAUUUGUGAUUUUUAUAAGCCCAGUUACUUUUUAGGCAUACAUAUAGAGAUGAAAGUAAAAAUGUCGAUAGAUAACGCAUAGACAGACCGUGUGUACGUGUGUGCGCGCGCAUGUGUAUUCAUCUAUUUAUAAUACCGUAUAAUUUUUGCUCCUACGCGUAUAUACCCAAUUUUCUGAGCAAUGUAACAAUUUAACACAUUACAUUGCAACACAUAGUAAAAUGAUGAUUUUACGAAUAGACAACAAAUUACGAUAUUGGAACACUGAAAAGAUUGCAUGCCUCAUUCAACGAUGUAUAUCUAAUUAAUGUAAUUACCGUUUAUGUGGUAAAAAAAAAAUAACAUUACUUAAGUUGAAGGCGAAAGAAAUUUGGGUCAUCAAGCGCAACAGCUUGAGAGAAUCACAUUUUUUAGAAAUGUAUAAAAAUACGAUAUGUCGAAUAGAUGAAAUAAUUACAUGGUGUGCUAACAUGCGUGUGUGCGAAUGAAGUAUAUAAUUUGUAUCUUAUUACUGUAAAAUGGCUAUGUUUUAUCUGAACAAAGAUACAUUGUGAUACCUCAUGUAAAAUACGACCUGUUUUUCCCUCUCUCUCUUUUUCAUUAUUAUACUGCUUUGUCUAAUUAAUAUUGACGAUAGAAUGCAUACUUUUUAAAUAUACCAAUUAACAACGGUAUUUACACAGUACUAUUUUAGAUCUUUUGUAUCUUCUUCGAUAUUUUGGAAUAAAUACGUAAAAGAGCAAUCUUUGGUAUA